CGGGCGGCACGGCGACUGCUCGGCGCUCCCGACGGGCCGGGCGAGAGCUUGAGCCCCGCCCGGAGCCGGAAGGAUUCGGGACCUUCCCAGGUGGAUUGGUAGAGGCAGCGAGUCCUCUCCCAAGGAGCCGGCGCAGAGGCCUCGGUGCGCUGCGGGCGGGGAGCGGCGGCGCUGGGGCGUGGGUCCCUCCUUGGCACGGGGACGAACGCGAAGGGCUCGGAGCGCCACGCACGCUGCCGGCGAUCGGUGCCGGGCUGUGGGGGCCUGUGGAGAUCCCGGGAAAAGCGAGGCUGGACGCGCAUUCAGCAUGGCUUCUCCAGCUCUUCUCAUGCGUGUGGUGGCCUCAGCAUACUCUGUUGCAGAAAAAGCUGCAACAAUUGUUAGAAAUGUGAUGUCUGCAGGAGAUCUGGGCAUAGUUGAGAAGGCUGGACCCAAUGACUUGCAGACUAAAGCCGACCGACUGGUACAAAUGAGCAUUUGUGCUUCCCUGGCACGGAAGUUUCCCAAGGUGACAAUCAUAGGAGAAGAAGAGCUGCCCACUGAUGAUGUAACUGAGGAUUUAAUUGAAAAUGGUCACUGUGAAGAAAUACUGAAGAAACCUUGUCCUGCUCAGUACACAGGAAUUAAAGAGGAAGAGCUUGUAAUAUGGGUUGAUCCCUUGGAUGGAACCAAGGAGUACACUGAAGGUCUCCUUGACCACGUAACGGUUCUCAUUGGAAUUGCCUAUGGAGGCAAAGCAAUAGCAGGAGUUAUUAAUCAGCCGUAUUACAACUAUGAGGCAGGAGCUAAUGCUGUGCUGGGCAGGACAAUCUGGGGAGUGCUGGGCAUGGGUGCCUUUGGCUUUCAGCUGACAGAAGCACCUGCUGGCAAACACAUCGUGGUUACCACGCGCUCCCACAGCAGUGCCCUGGUGAACGAGUGCAUCGCUGCCUUGAACCCAGACCAUGUCAUCAGAGUUGGAGGAGCAGGAAACAAGAUCAUUCAACUCAUAGAAGGCAAAGCAUCUGCUUAUGUAUUUGCCAGUCCUGGGUGCAAGAAGUGGGAUACAUGUGCACCUGAAGCUAUCCUACAUGCUGUGGGAGGCAAGUUAACUGAUAUCUGUGGAAAUUCAUUUCAGUAUAACAAGGAGGUGAAACACAUGAAUUCAGCUGGGGUCCUUGCCACUUUGAGAAAUUAUGACUACUAUGCCAGUCGCAUUCCAAACACUGUGAAAGAAUCUCUUGUGCCUUAAAGCAGGGAAGAGUCUUCACUUGGCCUGGAAGGCUGAGAAAAUGAGCUUGGUAAAA